AUGGAAGCGGGCUGGUGGUCGCCGUCACCGUCGGCCUCGCCGCCGCCGCCGCCCCGCGCCCCGCCGCCGCGCUGCCGAUGCAGACCACUCUCCAACAGCUACAAUUGUUUGCCUCACUAUGACGGAUGGCCAGAUCUGGAAGAUGAGUCAACGGGUGGCGCUCUGCGGGAAAGAGAGCUUCGAUCUCUACACCGAACCGUGCCCGCACUGCGUCGCCGAGAGCUCGACACUCGUGCUAUCAAACAUCACUUCUAUCCUGAAGGUGGAUGGGGCUGGAUCGUGUGUGGCGCUGCCUUCCUCGCGCACUUACUGUCAACCGGACUACAGUUAGCGUACGGAGCGUUACAUGUGUAUGCACUUCGCCACCUCGGCCCUGCCGCCGACCACGCCGUUUGGGCCGGCGCUCUCUGUGUUGGAGUGUCGCGAGCUGCAGGCGCCCUCGUAGCUGCAAGGAGGAAAUCGCCACGACUCGCUGCGCUGAUCGGAGGACUGCUGUUACCUCUAGCUUGCCUAUUUACUUCAUUUGCUACACAGCUUCAUCAAAUUUUAUUAAGCUAUGGUGUGGUCUUAGGAGUGGGAUGUGGAUUAGUACGAGAGGCGGCUGGACUCGUUCUCGGCACGUACUUCAGGCGUCGUCGCCAGUUCGUGGAAUUAGUAGCUCAUGCUGGCGGCGGCGUUGGCAUCGCACUUUUCAGCGUUGCAUACAAAGAAGCUGUUGGGAAACUAGGCUGGAGGUUAGGUCUGCAAGCGGUGACUGGUGUAUUAGUUUUAGCAUUUUUUCUAAGUGCUGCGUAUCGCAGUGCUUCUCUCUAUCACCCGCAACGAAGAGCUAUUCUUCACCUCAAAAACCAACGUCGAAAGGUUAAAGAGAAGAAAGUCAUGAAAACGCCCCCAUUUAUUGAUUUAAGUCCUCUACAGUCGCGGUCCGCUAAAGUACUAUUAUUAGCAGCUGGGUUAGCAGCUUUUGGACUCUAUACUCCUGUCUUUUUUUUGGCCUUUCAAGGGUUUCAAGAAGGAUUAGAAGAAAGUGCAUUAGUUUUACUUCAAACUUUUCUGGGAUUUGCUGCAGUACUAGGUUGUGCUGGUUUUGGGCUUGUCUUAGUCCGACCGUCAGCCCAGUGCCUUGUUUCAAAGCAAUACUUAUGUCAAACGGCAAUGUUGGGAAUAGGUAUUUCCAUGCUCGCUUUAAGCAGUGUUGAAGGCUAUCACGGAUAUGUACUUUUUGCAUGGAUGUACGGCUUAUGUUUAGGAGGAUUUUUAUAUUCAAUGAAGAUGCUAACAAUGGAGCGAGUUCGGGGAAGACAUUUUACAAAAGUUUGGAGUUUUGUCCAAGGAGCAGAAGCCAUUCCUGUAAUAGUGGGAGUGCCAAUGACAGGUUACAUCAACCAGCAAGCGCCGAGAGCAGGAUUCUACUUUUCAACAGCAGCCACAUUAGCUGGAGCGUUGCUGUUAUUCUUUGUAGGUUUCUCAAAAAGGGAACCAGAACCUCCACCGCCAAUUACGGCUCCUACAAUAUCAGAAGUGUGUUUAUGUGUGACACCACCCCCUCGAUGUGAACCGGCUUGGUGUGCAUGCAGUGCUGGUGGAGCAACUGCUUAUUGCGCGUGGCCAGGACCUACAUGCUCUUCUCGUUUACCAAAAUCACUUUCAUAUGCUGCGCCACUUAAUCGCACUUGCUGUACUCCACAUUAUCCAGAGUGUUGUCGUCGAGCGGCGUUGUUACGUCCGUCGCGUAGUGUUCCCGAAGGACUUGCUCGACGCGGAAGUACAUUCAGCCGUUCUGGAUCUUGUAGAGCACCAUGCCAUCGUCGUGAACAUCAUCUUAUAGAACAGAUCACUACAUCUGUAUAAGUCAACUUUACCUUAACAUAUUUUUGAGUG